AUGAUUUCUACUGAGAAAAAAAAUGAAUUGAAGUUUGUUUGUUUAAGUGAUACUCAUAAUCAACAUCCAGAAUUUUUAGAAAAAGGUGAUGUAUUAAUACAUUGUGGAGAUUUUACGAAUAGAGGAGAAUAUUGGGAAAUUGAAUAAUUUAAUUAAUGGCUUGAUAAACAAAAGCAAUUUAAAUAUAAAAUAAUUAUUGCUGGUAACCAUGAUAUUUCUUUUGAUAAAAAUUGUUAAAAAUAUAUUUAUUGUUAAAAGGCUGAAGAUUAAAUAAACAUUUUAAAAACAAAAGAAAACUGUUAUUAUUUAGAAAACUCUUCAGUUGAAAUAGAAGGAAUUAAAAUAUGGGGGAGUCCAUACUCUUUGGUUUAUUAUAAUGGAUCCUUUUAGACAACCCCUGUAGAAUCGAAAUAAUUAUGGGAUCAAAUAAAAGAAAAAUAUGAUAUAAUAAUAACUCAUGGACCUCCAUAUAGCCAACAAGAUUUUUCUUAAAGUGAAGUUCAAGUAAAUGCAGGCGAUAAAAAUUUAUUUAAAAAAAUAAUCGAAAUCAAACCUUAAUAUCACAUCUUUGGUCAUAUUCAUGAAGGCUAUGGAAUAUCUAAUUGUUAAGGUAUAACUUUUAUUAAUUGUUCUUAUUUAAAAAUAAACUCACGUUAUAACAAACCUAUAUCAUUUAAUAUGUCUAAAAAUCAACAAAAUAAUAAUUGA